AUUUUUGCUCUAGGCUUAGUUUGAAAAAUUAACCUACUACUAUAAGUUGGAUAAUUGGCAUAAUUUACACCAUGAGCCCAAUAUAGCAAUAUAGCCUAGUGCCGAUGUUGUGUUUUGUGUUGCAUUCAGACGACUUCUGUUCUGUCUGACUGAAUGACAGAAGUUCUACUUUUCUGACCUAGACAUUGCUUUGCUUAAAAUUACAUUUUAGACAACUUAUUAAAAGAACUGCAAAAUGGAAGUCAGCAAAAACAUACAGGAUCUGCAGGUCAUGCUAAAUGAGGCAUCAAGUAGCUACCAAAGCAUAUUACUACAGACACAUAAUCAGGCACUACUGCAGAAUGCAAUACAGACUAAACGUUGGGAAGACUACAAGAAAGAUCAUGAAGAGUUAAGCGAUCGAUUGUUGAAUAUGAGAGAUAGCUUGUCUCAUCCUGUGAUGGUGCCUAUUGGUAAAAAAGCUUUAAUGAGAGGACAGCUGGUCCACACAAACGAGAUCCUAGUCUGUUUAGGUGAUGGUUGGUUUGCCAAGCAGUCUGCCAAACAAGCCGCUGAUAUAUGCAAACGCAGAAUACAAAGUUGUGAUGAAAUGCUUGAUAAGUUGAAGAAGGAGGAAGAACUGUUGAAUUCACGCAAGACUUUCCCAUUUGAGAACGAAGCAUUCAGUGGCACCAAUCAAACACAGGAGAUCAUUGAAGCUUACGAUGAAGAAGAAGAGAAGAAAUGGAGAGAGAAACACAGACAAAAAGAAAAAGAGUAUCGUAAAAAGUUAGCUGAACUAAGACAAGCCUCUAAGCCUAAAAUAGAAUCAGAGGAAGACCUGUGGCGUAGACUGGACGCCUUGGAUAUGCAAGAGGAAUUGGAGGAUGAUUUGAAUAGGAUGAAUGAAGAUAUGGAGGAAGAAGAAGAAGAUACAGAAAGCGAUUCUGAAGAAGAUGUCGACUCAGACGACAACACAUGUGAAUUAGAAGAAAAGAGUGAAAAAAAUUGUUUACAAAGAAGAGUUUCAUUUAAAGAAGAAAAGGACAGUUGUGAAAAUAAACCAAAGAGUGAAAAUGAAGAUAAUGCGAUAAGAAUAGUUUUCAAACAUAGUGAAACAAGUGUACCAGUUCCUCCGAUAAGUAGUGAAAUAAUGAGCCCCUCAGACAUUUAUACUCAAUAUUUAAAACAGAAAGCACCAAAGUCAAUUUUGAAACCUUCCCCUGUUGUUAAUAACCCACCUGAUUUCAUCAAGGAAAAUUCUCAAACUAAUUUGACUUUUGAUCAAAUAGAAGAUCAGCAUCCCGUUUUGCAUGAGGAGCCAGCUGUAAAGGCAGUCAGCGAUCAGGUGGUGGAGAGAACAGCUGAAGUCGCAGACAUUCCUCAAGUCCAGAGGCCUGUCAGUAAAUUCAAAGCUGCAAGAAUGUCAUCUAAAAGAUAGCCUAGUAUGUUUUACCAAAA